AUGAAUGUAAGGAAUGAAUCAAGAGUUACAGAACUCAUACUUCUAGGCUUUGGAAAUCUUUAUGGCUUUAAUAUUUUAAUUUUCAUCAUAUUCCUUAACAUUUUCUUAAUCACAGUAACUGGAAAUCUUUUGAUCAUUAUGCUAGUUUCAAUCAGCCAUAACCUUCAUUCACCCAUGUACUUCUUCCUUUGUCAUCUAUCAGUGUCUGAUAUUGUGAUCUCGACAAAUACUCUUCCCAAUUUACUAGAUACAAUCUUACACGGUGGGAAAAGAAUGACAAUUUUUAGUUGUAUAACUCAAUACUAUUUCUAUAGUGGUAUUACUAUUACAGAAUGCUUCCUUCUCACAGUGAUGUCCUAUGAUCGAUACCUGGCUAUAUGUGUCCCAUUACGUUACGUCACUAUCAUGGACUUUACCUUGUGCACCUGUCUGUCUGUUUUACCCUGGAUAUUAGGAUUUACCCUGAACAUGGCAGGUAUCAUACCGGUAUCCAACUUUCAGUUCUGUGAUGGAAACACAAUUGAACAUAUAUAUUGUGAAUUUUCACCUCUCCAAAAACUUUCAUGUUCAGACACGUCUCUGGUGGAUUUUUUAGCCAUUGUACUUUCUACUCCUCUAUUUAUAUGUCCUUGUGCUUUUAUAACGGUAACUUAUGUUCAUAUCCUCCUUAUGAUACUUAGGGUCCCUUCUACAACCGGAAGACAGAAAACCUUUUCAACCUGCAGUUCCCACCUUCUUGUGGUUGGCACAUUCUAUGGGACAUUAAUAAUGAAAUAUAUGAUACCAUCCAUAGGAAAUGUAUUGCUUUUGAAUAAGAUUAUAUCAUUGUUGCAUACAGUGUUUACCCCCCUGUUUAACCCUUUAGUAUACAGUCUAAGAAACCAAGACAUCAGGACAGCACUAAGAAAGAUUUCUGAACGUUAA